AUGCGCGUCGCCGUCGUGGGCUGUCUCCACGGCUCAUUCGCCGAGCUCUACCGCACCCUGCCCCCCGUGGAUCUCGUGCUAUGCUGCGGCGACCUGCAGGCCUUUCGCAACGCUUCCGAUAUGGAGUCUUGCCACCUGCUUCCAGACCAGCGCAAGCUGGGCAGUUUCCACAAGUACUACGCUGCUCCCCGCGACAUCCCUCUCACUAUUGUCGUAGGAGGAAACCAUGAAGCGAGCAACUACCUCGGCGAGCUCUUCUACGGCGGCUGGCUCGCUCACAACAUCUACUACCUUGGAGUGGCGGGCAGCGUGAUGGUUAACGGUCUGCGCAUCGCGGGCGCCAGCGGCAUCUACAGGAAGGGUACGGAGGGCUGUGGAUACUUCGAGCGCGUCCCCCUGUCCGAAAAGAGACUUCACACCAUCUACCACAUCCGCAAAUGGAAUGAGGAGCGCCUCAGGUUUCUCUCGGACGUAGACAUCUUUCUCUCCCACGACUGGCCCGCCGAAAUCAUUAAGCAUGGUGACUGGAAGAGACUGUUCAGGUUUUCACCCCAAUUCAAGCCCUUGGUCUCCUCGGGCAAGCUCGGCGCCCCACCACUUAUGCGCAUCCUCGACGCCACUCGCCCGAGGUACUGGUUCGCUGCGCACCGGCACAUCAAGUUUCCAGCCGUCAAGACUCACCCUCCUAAAGCAGCGAAGGGGGAGAGAGGCCACGAACAAGACCCCACACCCGCGGCGUGGCUGAGCACUCACACCAUCUAUCGAAACCCGCCCCCAGGCCGUGAUCUGUUGAAUACACCGCCACAACCCGGCCACCGGGCAACGCGAUUUCUGGCUCUUUCCAAGCCUAGCGAUGACGGUUGGACGGGCGCGUGGCAGGUGGUACUCGACAUUUCAGCGCCCUCUGAAGCGUUACCCCCAGCUCUCACCUUUGACUACGAGUGGCUCGCGAUCACCAAAGGCGCCCACCCGAUCCCCACAAACUGCGAUCCUCUCGCACGCGACGCUGAAGGGGGCCUACCCUCGAUGCUUCCGGACAACUUCGAGGAACGCACUCUUGCAAUUCUUAAUGCCUUGGUCGACCCCCGCUUCUCGGGACCCAUCUCAGACAUCCAGACCUUCGCUAAGACUGCGCCAGCCGCGGGCGGAGGCGCGCCUCUAGCCCACUACACGAAUCCGCAGACGACAGCGUUUUGUGCCAUGCUUGGCAUCGAGGACCUCACGAACCCACCUCCGAUGCAGCACCCGCUCCCGCCUCGGCCCCAGACAGGCGGCGACGGCGAUAGCUGGCACUACCACGACGGGGCCAGCAAGGGCUGCAGCUGUACUAGCGGACCCGGUGAUACUGAUGGUUGGCGUCCUAUCGGGAGCGACGGUCACAGCCGCAACACUGGCGACGAUUAUUACCGGCCCCACGACACCUACAUCCCGGAGGACUACUAA